AUGGAUCCGUUAGUGAAAUGUGGUGGAAGCCUGAUAUUGUGCAACGGUGGUGUACGGUGGAGGAGACGGAGGAGGUCCACUGAGGUGGCUUGGAUUGUGAAGAAGGGAGUUGAAACUCUUCGGUUUCUAGCCGAUAAUAGAUCCGAACCACAAGGGCACGUAAUUGACACAGAAAUCUUGUUCUUAGAGAGAACAAAAGAGAUCCAAAUCUGA